UGACGGUUUUAGAAACUUUUAUUCAAUGGAUGUUAACAUUGUCCUCGUAUCUUAAUCUAAGCGCAAGUUAAUAUUAACAAUGAUUUUUCCAUCUUGCUCUGGGCGGAUGACUGGCCCUGAUCCUGAACGUGGACCUGGGCGAGGUCCUGGACCGGGACGUGGGCCUGGACCUGGACGUCUUCUAUCGUCACCAUCAUCGGGCCUUGGGAGCCUCCUAUCACUGUCGUCAUCAGGGCGAGGUCCUGGGCGUCUUCUGUGAUUGUCAUCAUCAGGGCGGGGUCCUGGACGUCUUCUGUCACUGUCGUCAUCAGGGUGGGGUCCUGGGCGUCUUCUGUCACUGUCAUCAUCGGGGCGAGGUCCUGGACGUCUCCUGUCACUGUCGUCAUCAGGGCGGGGUCCUGGGCGUCGUCUGUCACUGUCGUCAUCAGGGCGUGGUCCUGGGCGUCUUCUGUCACUGUCGUCAUCAGGGCGGGGUCCUGGGCGUCUCCUGUCACUGUCGUCAUCGGGGCGGGGUCCUGGGCGUCUCCUGUCACUGUCGUCAUCGGGGCGAGGUCCUGGACGUCUCCUGUCACUGUCGUCAUCGGGGCGAGGUCCUGGACGCCUUCUGUCACUGUCGUCAUCAGGGCGGGGUCCUGGGCGUCUUCUGUCACUGUCGUCAUCAGGGCGGGGUCCUGGGCGUCUUCUGUCACUGUCGUCAUCAGGGCGGGGUCCUGGGCGUCUUCUGUCACUGUCGUCAUCAGGGCGUGGUCCUGGGCGUCUUCUGUCACUGUCAUCAUCAGGGCGGGGUCCUGGGUGUCUUCUGUCACUGUCGUCAUCAGGGCGGGGUCCUGGACGCCUCCUGUCACUGUCGUCAUCAGGGCGGGGUCCUGGGCGUCUUCUGUCACUGUUGUCUUCGGAACGCUUGUCAUCUUUGUCACCUG